UUGAACAGCAAGUCGCCCACAAGCAGCGAACUCGAGACACCCGCGCCGGUCGAGCUCGCCUUCUCGCGCGACGAAUACGCGGCACGGAUCGCGAAGACCCGCCGGGCGAUGGACGAGAGAGGGCUCGAUCUGCUCGUCGUCUCCGACCCCUCGAACAUGGCGUGGCUGACCGGCUACGACGGUUGGUCGUUCUACGUGCACCAGUGCGUGCUCCUCGCGCUCGAAGGCGAUCCGGUGUGGUUCGGGCGCGGCAUGGACGCCAACGGGGCAAAGCGCACCGUGUUCAUGGCGCACGACGACAUCGUCGGCUACGCGGACCACUACGUGAUGUCCACCGAACGCCAUCCGAUGGACUACUUGAGCGAGGUCAUCGCCGCGCGUGGGUGGGAGCGAUCGCGGAUCGGCGUCGAGAUGGACAACUACUACUUCAGCGCCGCCGCGUACCGCUCGCUGGAGACCCAUCUGCGCGAUGCGACGCUGCUCGACGCGACGGGGUUGGUGAACUGGCAACGGCUCGUGAAGUCGGAGACCGAGAUCGCCUACAUGAGGAACGCGGCACGCAUCGUGGAGAAGAUGCACGCGCGCAUCAUGGAGGUGGUCGAGCCCGGUAUGCGCAAGAACGAGCUGGUCGCCGAGAUCUACCACGCGGCCAUCACCGGCGUAGAGGCGCCGGCGGCGACUAUCCCGCCAUCGUGCCGAUGCUCCCCACCGGCGUCGAUGCAUCGGCGGCGCACCUCACGUGGGACGACAAGCCGAUGCGGGCGGGCGAGGCGACGUUCUUCGAAAUUGCGGGCGUCUACAAACGCUACCACUGCCCGCUCUGCCGCACGGUUUUACCUGGGUCGGCCGUCCGCUCGCGAGCGCAACGCAGAAAGCGCACUGCUGGAAGCCAUCGAGGCGGGACUCGAUGCCGCGAGACCGGGGAACCUGUGCGAGGACAUCCACCGCGCGUUCUCGGAGUCGCUCGCGCGGCACGGCCUGACGAAGGAGAGCCGGUGCGGCUACUCCAUCGGGCUCAGCUACCCGCCCGACUGGGGCGAGCGCACCAUCAGCCUGCGCCCAGGAGACCGCACCGUGCUUGAGCCGAACAUGACCAUCCACUUCAUGCCCGCGCUCUGGUUCGAAGACUGGGGUCUCGAAAUCACCGAGAGCAUUCGCAUCACGGAAACCAGCGCUGAAACCCUCGCGAACUGGCCCCGCGAAUUACAGGCGAAGGCGUAA